CAUGGCAACGCGAAACUAAAAACGCCAUAUUGAAUCGCCGCUGCGAGAUGGUGGAUUUUGGCGACGAAGUCGAGCGACGUCGAAGAAAAGUGCCUGGAAAUUGAGUGAGAAGAACAAGGCACUUAAUGUUAAAGAAUUUGAUGGUGUUGAUUAUACAUGUAGAAAUAAGUGGGUAAUUUUGCAUGGUAUGAUACCAUUUUCGAGAAUUUUUGUUCGAGAUUGAGCUGAGCGAUGUCGAUGUUAAUUGAUUGAUUGACCGAGUUCGUUUGUGCAGCGCAACCGUUUGUAAUUGUGUGUGUUACCACAGUGCCAUCGGCCAAUUGAAAUUGAAUGAAGAAGAAUUCUUGAUUGAGUAAUUUCUGACUUGAGAACAUUCACGAUGGCGGAUGUUGUGGACCCAAGACUUGACUUUAUUUCAGAAUACAUUCUCAAGAGUUACAAACUGAAGCCAGAUAAGUGGGCGAAAUGUAUAAAUGUGGAAGAAAACAAGAUUUUAAUGCUGGAAUUUCUGGAGAAGGCAGACAAUCCACAACUGGUUUUCACAGUCAAUGCAGCAGGAUUGAUAACUCCAUCUUAUGAAUUCCCAUCUGCUCUCAAAAAUAUCAAAGCAAUCUACUUCAUCAAAAAGGGACGUGAACCAGUAGGGAAAGACAAUAUAAAAACCACUCUUGUGUAUGGAGACCUGUCGUACACUCCACUCGAGCAACUGUCUGCUUUGGUAGAUGAGAUCUUGGUUCCGUUGCUGGCCAACCCAAGGAAUCACGAGCAGUGGCCUGUAGUGGUAUCACAGGAUGUCCUCCGUCAUGUACACAAUCUCAAGAGCAGUGUCUAUGUUGUAGCUGGCCAAGUCAAGGGCAAGACACUGCUACCCCUCCCAGUAGGCUCAGAGAAAGUGGAAACAGCUGCUGAAUCAGAAGAAAAGGAUGACUCCUAUGAUCGUAGCCUGGUUCAUGCCAUUGAGUCAGUGAUCAUCGACUGGACCCAUCAGAUCCGAGAUGUGCUCAAGAGGGACUCUGCCCAGCCACUCCUUGAGGGGCUGAACCCUGGUCCCAUGGUCGAGAUCAACUUCUGGAAGGCAAAGUGUGAGAACUUGGACUGCAUCUUCCAACAGCUUCGAGAUCCAAAGGUACGCAAGAUGAAGGAAUUGCUGGAGAGAACCCAGAGCAGCUAUCUGCCGUCUUUCAACAACAUUGAAAGAGAUGUUGAAGCAGCUUUGACAGAGGCCCAGGAUAUUAACUGCUAUCUGAAGCCUCUCAUCUACCAGGUCGAAAGCCUGGAUGAGUUGGAGUUCCCAGACAUGACUCCUCGGCUCGCUCCGAUCCUUCAUACAGUGUGUCUCAUCUGGAGUAAUUCAGACUAUUACAACACCGCCCCCAGGGUCAUUGUUCUCCUUCAGGAGUUGUGCAACCUGCUCAUUGACUUGUGUCGCACCUUUCUGGACCCUUCGGAGAUCUUCAAGCUGGAACCGGAGGAGUCUCUGGAGAAGGUACGUGGUGCUUUGGCUGUCCUGAAAACUUGGCGGGAACUCUAUGACGAACACAGAGCCAAGCUGAAGGAUUACUUCAAGGAUGGCAGGGAGUUCAAAGGAUGGGAGUUUGCCUCGCCUCUUGUCUUCACUCGCAUGGAUAAUUUCACUCGCCGCAUUGAGACGAUCCAGAGCUUGUUUGAGACCAACGUGGAGUUCAGCAAGUUGGAGAAGACCGAGAUGGGGAGUAUGAAAGGAAGGAUGCUCAGUCAACAGGUGGAGAAGAUCCAUGAAGAAUUCCAGGAGUGUGCUAAGGUCUUUACUGAGAGACCCUAUGAUGGGCUGGACCCUCUUUGCCAGGAAUUCACGGAUGACUACGAAGAGUUUGAGAAGAAGGUCUUUGACCUGGACAGGAGGCUUGGAUCUAUCUUAUGUCAAGGAUUUGAUGAUUGUGCUGGUUUAGAGGCUGUAUUCAAGAUGUUGGAUUGCUACGGCCCACUCCUCGACAGGCCAGUCAUUAGGAACGACUUUGAGUGCAAGUAUCCCAUCGUCCUGAAGCUCUACGACGAAGAACUUGACCAGUCCAAGGACAUCUACGAUGAGCACAUGAGGGUGGAAGAAAACGAAGGGAACGCCCCCCUCAAUAAGAACAUGCCCGAUGUUGCCGGUCAGCUCAAGUGGUCAGCCCAGCUGCGAGACCGUAUCAGCAAGCCUAUGGGGAGCUUGAAACACAUGGAGCAUCCGACUGGUGUCAGGAGGAUUUUGCAGUCAGAAGAUGCUACAAUUGUUUUCCAAAAGUAUGAGGAAAUGAUUAGUCUCCUUAACAAGUAUGAGCAAAAGGUGUAUGAGAACUGGACAAAGGGAGUGGAUGAAGUGUGUCAGACCAACCUAGACCAGUCGCUGAUAACAAGGGAUGAAUCCACCAAACUCAUCAAGAUCAACUUUGACCCCAAGUUGGUGGCUGUUCUGCGUGAGGUCAAGUACCUCCAGAUUCGUGGUGAGGAAACCAUUCCUGGGAGUGCAGCUUCAAUCUAUGAGAAGCACGAAACCCUGCGCAAGUAUGUGGCCAACCUGGACCUGACCCAGGCCUGGUACAACAAGGUCCGAAACACUGUCCUUGAGGUAGAGUUCCCUCUCAUCGAGGGCCAGCUGGCUGACCUUGACACGAGGCUGAAGCAGGCCGAAGAACAGCUGAACUGGACCUCCGACUCGGUCUGGGAGUAUAUCCAGGAGACUAGGGAUCAGGUCCAUGACCUUGAGAAGCGGGUGCAGCAGACCAAGGACAACGUAGAUCGCAUCAAGAAGAUCAUGGCUGAAUGGACCAAGCAGCCACUGUUUGAGCGCAAGGAACUGAAGAAGGAAAGUCUUCUGGCUUUGGAUGAUCGGCAGGACAGGUUGAAGAAGAGAUAUGCAGAGAUUACAGUUGCCGGAGAGAAGAUCCAUUCCCUCAUAAAGGAAAAUCUUGGUCUGUUCAAAGCGGAAGCAGGCAGUGACAUCUGGAAGGCAUACGUUGACUACGUGGAUGACAUGGUGAUCGAUGGCUUCUUCAACUGCAUCCAUUGCACCCUUACUUACCUCCUUGAGAACACCGACCCGAGGCACUGUGCUGCUCCACUCUUUGAGGCUCGUCUUGAACUGCAGGUUCCAGACAUGAUCUUCAACCCAUCCUUAGACUAUGGUGUGGCUGAUGGCUUCUACGAUCUGGUUGAGAUGCUGAUAAGCGAUACCUACAAGAUGGCUUCUCUGGUCAGUAGGCUAGCUGAACACAACGGUCAAGAACAUUACCAGGCCGAUCUUGAGGGUAUGGAUGAUCUGUCAGAGCUUCGCAAUGACCUGAUGGAUCGGGUCCAGACCAUCAUGACCAAGGCCCAGGAGUACCGCAACUCUUUUGACAACUACGCCUACCUCUAUGUGGACGACCGCAAGGAGUUCAUGCGUCAGUUCCUGCUCUACAACCACGUCCUAACCACGGAAGAGAUUGAAGCUCACGCUGAAGAUGGGGUCCCAGAAUGCCCGCCAACUUUGGAUCAGUUCAAGGAACAGGUGGAUACGUAUGAGAAGAUCUACAGUGAAGCAGAUGAGAUUGAUCCAGAGCAGGUGUUUGAUGCAUGGUUCCGCGUCGAUUCCAAACCUUUCAAAGCGGCGCUUCUUAACAUCAUCAAGAAAUGGAGUUUCAUGUUCAAGCAGCAUCUCAUUGACCAUGUCACCAACAGCUUGAGCGAGCUUCAAGAGUUCAUCAAGGUCGGAAACAGCGGUCUAACCAAGACCGUAGAGGAGGGCGACUACAACGGUCUGGUGGACUGUAUGGGUCAUUUGAUGGCUGUCAAGGACAGACAAGCAGCUACCGAUGAGAUGUUUGAGCCCAUCAAACAAACCAUUGAGCUUCUCAAGACCUACGACCAGGAGAUGUCUGAGGAAGUCCAUACCCAGCUACAGGAACUACCUGAGCAAUGGAAUAACACCAAGAAGAUUGCUAUUACUGUCAAGCAGCAGGUUGCCCCACUCCAGGCUAACGAGGUUGCUAUCAUCCGCAGGAAGUGCACAUCAUUCGAUGUCAGACAGCAUGAGUUCAGAGAGCGAUUCAGGAAAGAGGCUCCAUUCAUCUUUACCUUCGAGGGUCCAUACCAGUGCUUGGACAGGUGUCAUAGUGAGAUCUAUGAGAUGGAGGAGCAUAUGGCCAAACUCCAGGAGUCUGCUGGCCUCUUCGAGGUCAACAUGCCGGACUACAAGCAGCUGAAGGCCUGCAGGCGAGAGGUGCGUCUACUCAAAGGCCUCUGGGAUCUGAUCAUGAUCGUCAGGACCAGCAUUGAUGACUGGAAGACCACGCCCUGGCUGGAAAUCAACGUAGAACAGAUGGAGAUGGACUGCAAGAAGUUUGCCAAAGACAUCCGAUCCUUGGACAAGGAGAUGAGGGCGUGGGACGCCUACAACGGUCUGGAUGCUACUGUCAAGAACAUGCUGACAUCGCUCAGGGCCGUCAGCGAACUGCAGAACCCAGCCAUCAGGGAGAGGCAUUGGCAACAGCUUAUGGCCGCUACCAAGGUCAAGUUUACCAUGGAUAGAGAGACAACCCUGUCCGACCUCUUGGCCCUCAACCUGCACAACUUUGAGGAUGAGGUGCGCAACAUCGUCGACAAAGCUGUCAAGGAAAUGGGCAUGGAGAAGGUCCUGAAAGAACUAAACACCACUUGGUCCUCCAUGGACUUUGAGUAUGAGCCACACGGUCGUACCGGCAUCUCCCUCCUCAAGUCCAAUGAAGAGUUGAUUGAAACCCUUGAAGACAACCAGGUCCAACUGCAGAACCUGAUGACCUCCAAACACAUCGCCCACUUCCUGGAGGAGGUAUCCGGCUGGCAGAAGAAGCUGUCUACCACUGACUCUGUCAUCACCAUCUGGUUUGAGGUCCAACGUACCUGGUCCCAUCUUGAGAGUAUCUUCAUUGGCUCUGAAGACAUCCGAAACCAGCUGCCGGAGGAUUCCAAGCGCUUUGAUGGAAUCGAUACCGACUUCAAGGAACUUGCCGGAGAGAUGGAGAAGACCCCUAAUGUUGUUGAGGCUACCAACAGGCCAAGGCUGUAUGAUAGACUAGAGGCCAUCCAGGGCAGCUUGGUGGUUUGUGAGAAAGCACUUGCUGAAUACCUCGAAACAAAGCGAUUGGCCUUCCCACGUUUCUACUUCGUCUCCUCUGCUGAUCUCCUGGACAUCUUGUCCCAAGGCAACAACCCAACUCUGGUUCAACGUCAUCUGUCCAAACUGUUUGAUAACAUGGCCAAGCUCAAGUUCAAGCAGGAUGACGAAGGCAACGACACCAAGCUGGCUCUUGGCAUGUACAGUAAGGAAGGAGAGUACGUGGACUUUGACAAGGAAUGCGAGUGUACAGGACAGGUUGAGGUGUGGCUAAACCGGGUCAUGGAUGCCAUGAGAUCAACCGUUCGCUCGCAGUUUGCUGACGCCGUGGUGUCGUACGAAGAGAAGCCCCGUGAGCAGUGGCUCUAUGACUACCCAGCCCAGGUGGCCCUGGCGACAACGCAGGUCUGGUGGACUACCGAGGUCAACAUUGCCUUUGCCAGACUGGAAGAAGGUCAUGAGAACUCCAUGAAGGACUACAAUAAGAAACAGAUCCUACAGCUGAACACGCUCAUCGGCCUGCUGAUCGGCAAGCUGACCAAGGGUGACCGUCAGAAGAUCAUGACUAUCUGUACCAUCGACGUCCAUGCCCGUGACGUGGUGGCCAUGAUGGUGCUCAAGAAGGUGGACAACGCCCAGGCGUUCCAGUGGCUCAGCCAGCUCAGGCACAGGUGGGCUGAAGACGACAAGAACUGCUACGCAAACAUCUGUGAUGCCCAGUUCAGAUACUCCUACGAAUACCUUGGAAACACUCCUCGUCUUGUCAUCACCCCUCUCACCGACAGAUGCUAUAUCACCUUGACACAAUCCCUCCAUCUUGUGAUGAGUGGUGCCCCUGCUGGUCCUGCUGGAACGGGAAAGACUGAAACCACUAAAGAUCUUGGUCGAGCCUUGGGUAUCAUGGUCUACGUCUUCAACUGCUCGGAACAGAUGGACUACAAGUCCUGUGGUAACAUCUACAAAGGAUUGUCUCAGACUGGAGCUUGGGGUUGCUUCGACGAGUUCAACAGGAUCUCUGUUGAAGUGCUGUCUGUCGUCGCUGUCCAGGUGAAGUGCGUGCAAGAUGCCAUCAGGGACAAGAAGGAACGCUUCAACUUCAUGGGUGAAGAGAUCUCUCUCAUCCCAACAGUCGGUAUCUUCAUCACCAUGAACCCUGGUUACGCUGGACGUACUGAGCUCCCGGAGAACCUCAAGGCUCUUUUCAGACCCUGUGCUAUGGUAGUACCCGACUUCGAGCUGAUUUGUGAAAUCAUGUUGGUGGCUGAGGGUUUCCUCGAUGCACGUCUCCUGGCCAGGAAGUUCAUCACACUCUACACUCUGUGUAAAGAAUUGCUCUCCAAACAGGAUCAUUACGAUUGGGGUCUGCGCGCCAUCAAGUCUGUGCUCGUGGUGGCCGGUUCCCUGAAGCGUGGCGACCCGCAACGUCCCGAAGACCAGGUGCUGAUGAGAGCCCUGCGCGACUUCAACGUGCCCAAGAUCGUCUCGGAUGACACGCCCGUCUUCAUGGGUCUGAUCGGAGAUCUGUUCCCCGCCCUGGACGUUCCUCGUCGAAGGGACAUGGACUUUGAGAAGGUGGUGAAGCAGUCGACCCUUGACCUGAAGCUGCAGGCCGAGGAUAGCUUCGUCUUGAAGGUGGUCCAGCUGGAAGAGUUGCUGGCUGUCAGGCAUUCUGUCUUCGUCAUUGGCAAUGCUGGUACUGGCAAAAGUCAGGUUCUGAAGGUACUGAACAAGACCUAUUCUAACAUGAAGAGGAAGCCCGUACUUGUCGAUCUGAAUCCUAAAGCCGUCACCAACGAUGAACUCUUUGGUAUCAUCAACCCGGCCACCAGAGAAUGGAAAGAUGGUCUGUUCUCUGUGAUCAUGCGUGACAUGAGCAACAUCACCCACGAUGGACCUAAGUGGAUCGUACUGGAUGGAGAUAUUGAUCCCAUGUGGAUCGAAUCCCUCAAUACUGUUAUGGACGACAACAAGGUGCUGACCCUUGCCAGUAAUGAACGUAUCCCUCUGACGCCGUCGAUGCGUCUGCUCUUUGAGAUCAGUCACUUGAAGACCGCUACCCCUGCUACCGUAUCCAGGGCUGGUAUACUCUAUAUCAACCCAUCUGAUCUGGGAUGGAAUCCGAUUGUGACGAGUUGGAUUGAUACCCGUGAGGUGCAGUCUGAGAGGGCCAAUCUGACCAUCUUGUUUGACAAGUAUCUUCCGACUCUCCUAGAUACCCUCAGGAUACGCUUCAAGAAGAUCAUCCCUAUACCAGAGCAGAGUAUGGUCCAGAUGUUGUGUUUCUUGCUGGAAUGCCUGCUCACUCCCGAGAACACCCCGGCAGACUGCCCCAAGGAACUCUACGAACUCUACUUUGUCUUUGCCAGUAUCUGGGCCUUUGGAGGUUCCAUGUUCCAAGAUCAGCUUGUGGACUACCGUGUGGAGUUCAGUAAGUGGUGGAUCACGGAGUUCAAGACCAUCAAGUUCCCCAACCAGGGUACCGUCUUUGAUUACUUCAUUGACCCGGAGUCCAAGAAGUUCCUUCCCUGGAGCGAGAGGGUGCCUGUCUUCGAGCUUGAUCCUGAUAUUCCCAUGCAGGCUGUAUUGGUACACACCAAUGAGACAACCAGAGUACGAUUCUUCAUGGAUCUGUUGAUGGAGAGGGGACGUCCAGUCAUGCUGGUCGGUAACGCCGGUCUUGGAAAGAGCGUGUUGGUCGGUGACAAGCUCACCAACAUCGGUGAGGACAGCAUGGUGGCCAACGUACCCUUCAACUACUACACCACCUCGGAAAUGUUGCAACGUGUGUUGGAGAAACCUCUUGAGAAGAAGGCUGGUAGGAACUACGGUCCACCUGGAACAAAGAAACUCAUCUACUUCAUUGAUGAUAUGAACAUGCCCGAGGUUGAUACAUACGGUACCGUGCAACCCCACACCUUGAUCCGUCAACAUAUGGACUACAAGCAUUGGUAUGAUCGUUCAAAGCUCACGCUCAAGGAGAUCCACAAGUGUCAGUAUGUGUCCUGUAUGAACCCCACAGCCGGUAGUUUCACCAUCAACUCCAGACUGCAGCGCCACUUCUGCGUCUUCGCUCUGAGUUUCCCUGGCCAGGAUGCCCUGUUCACCAUCUACAACAGCAUCUUGAGCCAGCAUCUGGCCAACAUCGGGGUAUCCAAUGCCCUCCAGAAGCUCUCGCAGACCGUGGUCUCGGCGACCCUCGACAUCCACAAGAAGAUAGCGCAGUCCUUCCUACCCACUGCCAUCAAGUUCCAUUACGUCUUCAAUCUCAGGGACCUGUCAAAUGUCUUCCAGGGACUCUUGUACUCCGGAAGUGAUUUGCUGAAGGCACCCAUAGACUUCGCUCGUCUCUGGAUGCACGAAUGCACCAGGGUUUAUGGAGAUAAGAUGAUCAACGACCAGGACAUUGAGGCUUUUGAGAAACUUGUCUUUGAGUAUGCCAAGAAAUUCUUUGAGGAUGUUGAUGAGGAAGCCCUGAAGGCCAAGCCCAACAUCCACUGCCAUUUUGCCACUGGUAUCGGAGAUCCCAAGUACAUGGCCGUGCAAAACUGGCCGGAGCUGAACAAGAUCCUGGUGGAGGCCUUGGACACCUACAACGAGAUCAACGCAGUCAUGAACCUUGUGCUCUUUGAGGACGCCAUGCAGCAUGUGUGUCGUAUUAACCGUAUUCUGGAGUCGCCUCGUGGUAACGCCCUCUUGGUUGGUGUUGGUGGCAGUGGUAAACAGUCAUUGGCCCGUCUGGCUUCUUACAUCAGCAGUCUCGAGGUGUUCCAGAUCACACUCCGCAAGGGCUACGGUAUCCCCGACCUCAAGCUUGAUCUAGCAUCUGUCUGUAUGAAAGCUGGUCUUAAAAAUAUUGGCACCGUGUUCCUGAUGACCGAUGCCCAGGUCUCUGAUGAGAAGUUCCUGGUCUUGAUUAACGAUCUGCUGGCCUCCGGAGAGAUCCCAGAUCUCUUUGCGGAUGACGAGGUCGAAAACAUCAUCGGAGGUGUGAGGAACGAGGUCAAGGGCCUGGGGCUGCAGGACACCAGGGAAAACUGCUGGAAAUUCUUUAUUGACAGGCUUCGAAGAAACCUUAAGACUGUUUUAUGCUUCUCCCCUGUUGGUACCACACUCAGAGUGAGGAGUCGUAAAUUCCCCGCUGUGGUCAACUGUACCUCUAUUGAUUGGUUCCAUGAAUGGCCGCAGGAAGCCUUGGUCUCUGUAAGCAUGAGGUUCUUGGACGAAGUGGAACUGCUUAAGGGUGAUAUUAAAAAAUCGAUUGCCGAAUUCAUGGCUUACGUUCAUGUGAGUGUGAACGAGAGCAGCAAGCUGUAUUUGACCAACGAGAGGCGUUACAACUACACCACGCCCAAGAGUUUCUUGGAACAGAUCAAGCUGUACGAGUCCCUGCUCUCCAUGAAGUCCAAAGAACUGACAGCCAAGAUGGAGCGUCUGGAAAACGGUCUGACCAAACUGCAGAGUACUGCUCAACAGGUGGAUGAUCUGAAAGCCAAGUUGGCCUCACAGGAGGUGGAACUGGCCCAGAAGAACGAGGAUGCAGACAAACUCAUCCAGGUGGUUGGGGUGGAGACAGAGAAGGUGUCCAAGGAGAAGGCCAUAGCCGACGACGAAGAGAAGAAGGUGGCCAUCAUCAACGAAGAGGUGUCCAAGAAGGCCAAAGACUGUUCCGAGGAUCUGGCCAAGGCCGAACCUGCUCUUCUGGCUGCGCAGGAAGCUCUUAAUACCCUCAAUAAAAAUAACUUGACGGAGUUGAAGUCCUUUGGUUCACCACCCUCAGCUGUGCUGAAGGUGGCAGCUGCUGUCAUGGUCCUCCUUGCACCCAAUGGCAAGAUACCCAAGGAUAGGAGCUGGAAGGCUGCUAAAGUUGUUAUGAAUAAGGUUGAUGCGUUCUUGGAUUCCCUGAUCAAUUACGACAAGGAGAACAUCCACGAGAACUGCCAGAAAGCCAUCAAGGAAUACCUGAACGACCCCGAGUUUGAGCCAGAGUACAUCAAGGGCAAGUCUCUCGCCGCCGGUGGGUUGUGCUCCUGGGUAGUCAACAUUGUCAAGUUCUACAAUGUCUACUGUGACGUGGAGCCCAAGAGAAUCGCCCUGCAGAAGGCCAACGAUGAACUGAAGGCAGCCCAGGACAAGCUGGCUGUCAUCAAAGCCAAGAUCGCUGAACUGGAUGCCAAUCUUGCCGAGCUGACUGCACAGUUUGAGAAGGCUACUUCUGACAAGCUGAAAUGUCAGCAGGAGGCCGAAGCCACCUCCCGCACCAUCACCUUGGCCAACAGACUGGUGGGAGGUCUGGCCUCUGAGAACGUCAGAUGGGGCGAGGCCGUGGCCAACUUCAAGAUUCAGGAGAAGACUCUGCCUGGUGACGUACUUCUGAUCACUGCCUUUGUAUCGUACAUUGGUUGUUUUACCAAGACCUAUCGUGUUGAUCUCCAAGAGCGAAUGUGGCUUCCUUUCCUCAAAUCACAGAAGGACCCUAUCCCAAUCACGGAAGGACUGGAUGUUCUCAGCAUGCUGACAGACGAUGCGGAUAUCGCUGUCUGGAACAACGAAGGUUUACCCAGUGACCGAAUGUCAACAGAGAAUGCCACCAUCCUGUCCAACUGCCAGCGCUGGCCCCUCAUGAUCGACCCACAGCUGCAGGGCAUCAAGUGGAUCAAGCAGAAGUACGGUGACGACCUCCGCGUGAUCCGUAUCGGACAGCGUGGGUACCUGGACACCAUCGAGAACGCCAUCUCGUCAGGUGAUACCGUGUUGAUUGAGAACAUGGAGGAGUCCAUCGAUCCUGUGCUCGAUCCUGUGUUGGGUAGGAACACCAUCAAGAAAGGAAGGUAUAUCAAGAUCGGUGACAAAGAAGUGGAGUACAACCCUGAAUUCCGGCUGAUCCUCCAGACCAAGCUGGCCAACCCUCACUACAAGCCAGAGAUGCAGGCCCAGACGACCCUCAUCAACUUCACUGUGACCAGGGAUGGUCUAGAGGAUCAGCUCCUGGCCAAUGUGGUGGCCCAGGAGAGACCCGAUCUUGAGAAACUAAAGUCUGACCUGACCAAGCAACAGAAUGACUUCAAGAUCAUCCUGAAGGAGCUUGAAGACAACCUCCUUUCCCGUCUGUCAUCCGCCGAGGGCAACUUCCUGGGUGACACCGCCCUGGUGGAGAACUUGGAGACCACCAAGAGAACUGCCGCUGAGAUCUCGGUCAAGGUGGAAGAGGCAAAGGUCACCGAGGUCAAGAUCAACGAGGCUCGCGAGCUGUAUCGUCCCGCCGCCGCCAGGGCUUCGCUCCUCUACUUCAUCCUGAAUGAUCUCAAUAAGAUCAAUCCUAUUUACCAGUUCUCACUCAAGGCCUUCAACACCGUGUUCUCCCUAUCCAUUGCCAGAGCCGAGCCGUGUGAAGAUGUCAAGGAGCGUGUGGUCAAUCUCAUCGACUGCAUCACAUACUCUGUCUUUAUCUAUACCACUCGUGGUCUCUUUGAGGCUGACAAACUUAUCUUUACAACCCAGGUUGCAUUCCAGGUUCUAUUGAUGAAGAAGGAGAUUGCCCAGAAUGAAUUGGACUUCCUGCUUCGUUUCCCAAUCCAAGUCGGUCUGACCAGCCCUGUGGACUUCCUGACUAACUCGGCCUGGGGAGCUAUCAAGUCCCUUUCUGCAAUGGAAGAUUUCCGCAACUUGGACCGAGACAUCGAGGGGUCAGCCAAACGAUGGAAGAAGUUUGUGGAGAGCGAGUGUCCAGAGAAGGAGAAGUUCCCUCAGGAGUGGAAGAACAAGUCCGCCCUGCAGAAGCUUUGCAUGAUGCGUGCCUUGAGAGCCGAUCGUAUGAGUUAUGCUGUCAGGAACUUCAUUGAGGAGAAGCUCGGUUCCAAGUACGUAGAGGGAAGGCAGGUAGAGUUUGCCAAGUCCUACGAGGAGAGCGACCCAGCCACGCCCGUAUUCUUCAUCCUGUCUCCCGGGGUAGAUCCUCUGAAGGACGUGGAAGCCCUAGGCAAGAAGCUUGGCUUCACGUUUGACAACAACAACUUCCACAACGUGUCUCUGGGUCAAGGCCAGGAGAUCGUUGCCGAGCAGUCCAUGGACCUUGCUGCCAAGGAAGGCCAUUGGGUUAUCCUACAGAACAUUCACUUGGUAGCCAAGUGGCUGAGUACAUUGGAGAAGAAGUUGGAGCAGUAUAGCAUUGGCAGUCACGAGAGCUACCGUGUAUACAUGAGUGCUGAACCAGCGGGCUCACCCGAGUCUCACAUUAUCCCUCAAGGUAUCCUGGAAUCAUCCAUCAAGAUCACCAACGAGCCUCCUACCGGUAUGUUUGCCAACCUGCACAAGGCGCUCUACAACUUCAACCAGGACACGCUGGAGAUGUGCGCCCGCGAGGCGGAGUUCAAGGUCAUCCUCUUUGCCCUCUGCUACUUCCACGCCGUGGUGUGCGAGAGGCAGAAGUUUGGACCCCAGGGUUGGAACAGGAGCUACCCCUUCAACACCGGAGAUCUCACCAUCUCUGUCAACGUGCUCUACAACUAUUUGGAAGCCAAUUCAAAGGUACCGUGGCAAGAUCUACGUUACCUGUUUGGAGAGAUCAUGUACGGUGGUCACAUCACUGACGAUUGGGAUAGGAGACUGUGUAGGACCUAUCUUGAAGAGUACAUGGCACCAGAAAUGCUUGACGGUGAACUGUACCUAGCACCAGGGUUCCCUGUACCGCCCAACUCGGAUUACAAGGGCUACCAUCAGUACAUUGACGAGAUCCUACCACCGGAGAGCCCGUACCUCUAUGGACUGCAUCCCAAUGCCGAGAUUGGCUUCCUUACGACGGAAUCAGACAAUCUCUUCAAGAUCGUCCUGGAGCUCCAGCCUAGGGAUGCCGGUGGCGGAGGCGGCGGAGGAUCCAGUAGGGAGGAGAAGAUCAAGUCCCUGUUGGAUGAGAUCGUAGAGAAGCUUCCCGAGGAGUUCAACAUGAUGGAGAUCAUGGGCAAGGUCGAGGACAGGACACCGUACGUUGUGGUGGCCUUCCAGGAAUGUGAACGCAUGAACAUGCUGACUUCAGAGAUCAGACGUUCCCUCAAGGAAUUGGAUCUCGGUCUCAAGGGUGAGCUGACCAUCACACCAGACAUGGAGGACCUGAGCAAUGCCCUCUUCCUGGACCAGAUCCCAGCAACCUGGGUCAAGAGAGCCUACCCAAGUCUCUUUGGUCUGACAGCCUGGUAUGCCGAUCUCUUGCAGCGUAUCAAGGAGUUGGAGCAAUGGACCGCGGACUUCGCCCUCCCCAACGUGGUCUGGCUCGGCGGCUUCUUCAACCCUCAGAGUUUCCUGACGGCUAUCAUGCAGUCCAUGGCCAGGAAGAACGAGUGGCCUUUGGACAAGAUGUGCCUGCAGUGUGACGUCACCAAGAAGAACAAGGAGGACUUCAGCAGUGCCCCGAGGGAAGGUUCCUACGUGCACGGCCUCUUCAUGGAAGGAGCCCGCUGGGACACGCAGACCAACAUGAUCGCCGAUGCCAGGCUGAAGGAGCUGGCGCCCAACAUGCCCGUCAUCUUCAUCAAGGCCAUCCCUGUGGACAAGCAGGACACCAGGAACAUCUAUGAGUGUCCCGUCUACAAGACCAAGCAACGUGGCCCAACCUUUGUCUGGACCUUCAACCUCAAGUCUAAGGAGAAGGCUGCCAAGUGGACCUUGGCUGGUGUGGCCUUGCUUCUCCAGGUCUAAAGGACUGAAGCCACAAUCCUAUUAGGUAGAGAUAUACUGCAUCUAAAUCACAAGCAUAAACCCAUGUGCAGUAUGCAUAUACCAUUAUACAGUAUAUGCCUUCUGGUAUGCAAUCCUAGUGCACGGGUUGUGCCCAGUCAUAACCUUAUUGUUCCCUUUGCAAUUCUUGAUAUUUCCAGAUCAUUUUAUAACAAAAUGAAAUGAAAGAGAGACCUCGGGAUCACUUCAUGAAUAGCUUUGUCAGUGAUUUUCGCUGAUGGAUGUUCUAAGCUACUGCAAAUCCAUGCAUCUGAUUGGCAGAGAGCAAAUUAGUCAGAAACUGAUAAAACAUUCCAUGAAAUGAUGCUCUCCUUGUAAUUGCAUUUUUCAGGA